AUGGGCCGCGCCGACGACGAGAUACAGACCAGCGAAUUCUACCCGUACUUUAACAUCCAAGCCACGGCCAUUGCCCCGCAUGAUACGGUGGAUAUUAUCUAUUUUACUGUAUUGUUCGCGAAUAUUGGCGUCCACAUCUAUGAUAUGUAUCAGCUUUUGAAAAGCCCUUACAAAGAAGACAACCGCGCAAAACCUAUAAUCUUAUAUGUGCAUGUUACGACAAUAAUCCUCUGCCUGACGCCGUUAUUUUAUGUGGAAAGGACCCAUGUGCCAAAUGAUUUGGAAGUCGGCACGCCGGCCUCGAUUAUAUGGGGCAGAUUUGUUCUUCACAACGAUCACAUCAUCUACACGAUCGUAUUUUUCGUAAACUUCUACCUCUUCGAAUCGCACAUGCUGAUUCUCCUCGUUAUCAAUAUCGUUUCCCUAUACGCGAAAGCAAGAAAUGCCAUCGAAUUUGAUGGCCUACAAAUCUACGAACCGCUCGGCGCCUUCCUCGGCUGGAUUUGCGUGGCCUACGCGACCCUAAAACUCCUCAACCAACCGCUAAACAUUCGGGAAAAGAAGUGGGAGCUGGUGGCUUGGGAUGCGUUUGCGCUGGUGUUGGCAGCAAUAUUUUGGCACGCGUUGACGAGCCCGUUUAUCGUGCCCGGAACUCCGUCCGAUGACUACCCGAAACAUUGCAUGCUGCUGCCGAUCUACUCGAACGUCGUCCUGUUUGCCGUCCAUCGAUUCGGGGAUGAA